AUAUAAACCCGCAAAAACCGAUUUCUCCUGAAGCACUCCCAAAGUUUGCAAAGCGCACAAACCGCUCUCUAGCAGCCCUCCCUCUCUCCAACCCACUACAGAGGCUUGAGAGGUGAUACCGUCUUGGCACCGCAGGAUAAAGAGCCAUUCAGGACGCGGGAUAUUCUGUCAGCAGUUUUCUAAAAAACAAACAUGAAACAGCAGUUUUUUGCCAUAGACCUAAUACUUCUGUGCAUAUCUUGCGGAGCAAGUGCACUGGCAACAACUAUUCCGGCUGCGCCCUCGUCCUUGCCAGCCGCCAAUUUCACCAAUUUGGGCGCAGCGCACAGCUAUGGAACAGACACCACGAGUCUUUCUAAAACCAGGAGGAAGCGUUAUAUUACUCAGAACGACAUGCUUGCCAUUCUUGAUUACCAUAACAAAGUUAGAGGGAAGGUGUUUCCUCCAGCCUCCAAUAUGGAAUACAUGGUUUGGGACGACACACUGGCAAAAACAGCGGAGGAAUGGGCUCAUGCCUGCCUAUGGGAGCAUGGGCCGCCUCACCUCCUCCGGUUCCUGGGUCAAAACCUCUCUGUCAGGACAGGACGCUAUCGAUCCAUUCUUCAGCUGGUGAAGCCAUGGUAUGACGAGGUGAAAGAUUAUUCUUUUCCCUACCCUCGUGACUGCAAUCCUCGAUGCCCACUCAGAUGCUAUGGACCCAUGUGUACCCAUUACACACAGAUGGUAUGGGCAACAUCUAACAAAGUGGGCUGUGCUGUCCACACAUGCCACAAUAUGAAUGUGUGGGGCUCCGUGUGGAAGAGGGCGACAUAUUUAGUUUGCAACUACUCGCCUAAGGGUAACUGGAUCGGAGAGGCUCCCUACAAAGUGGGCGUCCCCUGCUCCGCCUGCCCUCCCAGCUACGGGGGCUCAUGCAGCAACAACAUGUGCUUCCCCGCUCUGAAGACGAACUACCUGCACUGGUUCAAAUAAACACAGGUUUCCUCUCACCAUAAGCUGACAACCUACAGUACCACAGAGACAUUAUUUUUUAAUCCAGUGAGGAUUUGCACAACAGUCGUGGACCACACUAUUUUGUAUAUAUGGGCUUAUUUAAAGACGAAAACAUACAUUUGAAGGCAGCAGGCGAUUUACCGUUGAUGACUUGUAAAUAAUCUGUAAAUGAAUGUGUUACAUUUUUACCAGAAUUGCUAUGACUGUUUUUCAUUGAUGAAAUAUAAUUUAUAUGUAAAAUGGGUCCUUAACGGUGCAUACUGUAUGUGGUGCCGCGUUUGUUUGUUUUUUUAACCAUAUUAGUUUACUGUUGACAGGGUGGUAAUUAAGGACAUUACCACCAUCACAGCUCCUCAUAUCUGCUCACUUUGGUGCUAUGGACAUCACACCUUCAUGCUGUGUGUUCUGCCUUCACAGGAAUGCUGUGACAUAAGGAUCAAAGCUUUUGACCUCAGAGGGAAACCGACACUGGCAGUCUCAGCUUCACAGUUACUUUAAAUCGGCUUACUUUUAACAUACUAUAAGUAGACCACAAUUUUCAUUGGUGUUCUGCAGCAAAUUGCCAAAAAAGUGUGCAGAAAUGCAGAAUAUACAUCAGUUAGACUCCAUCUGAAGCUCUGAUGUCAGCACGGAUAACACCUCUGUUGUCGGAAGCUUGUUUUAGCAAUAACACGGUGCAUUUUCAGUUUUAUUCUGCACUAAUUAACUUGAGUUUCAUUACAGAUGUUUCAUCCUUUGGGGCAUAUCACUCAUAUUCCAUACAGUAUUGGUGCUACUCUGAGCACAUACGAUAAAUCUGAUCCACGUAUUUGUUCUGUAAUCAUACAUGUUAUAGAGUGUAUUGGUAUAUUGUAUACCAAUGUAUAUUAAUACUGUUUAUAUUUUGUUAUGAUCACUGAUUUGCAUUUAGGCACUCAAGUGCACCUUAAUUUUUUGUAAAUUUCCAAAAGCGCAGGAAAUGAUUGUUUUUUGUAUGUGUGGAUAAUCAUUAUACCUUGACUAUCUCUAAACGAGUAUACUGUAAGUUAUUCAUUUUUAUAUUGGGAAAAAUAUUUAAGUGAUAUUCAUUUUUUUUAUUGUUUUGUAAAAGGAUUGCAGUGUAAUAAAAACAUAUUCAACAUAUUCAAACAAACAUACGAAAUUAGGAAAAUAACAUUUUCAGCACUGACUGUAUUUAAAUCAACAACAAGCUAUUUAUGCAGUGAACUGUGUUUUUCCUGUUGUGUUUUGUACUUGUAAUAAAAUUGUCUAUUUUG